AUGGUCGCUAAGAUAAAGGCAUUGGACCCCUCUGUGGUUAAUAAGAUUGCUGCUGGUGAGAUCAUUAUCUCGCCAGUUAAUGCAUUAAAGGAAAUGAUGGAAAAUUCUAUUGAUGCUGGUUGUUCAUCGAUUGAUAUAUUAGUAAAGGAUGGUGGGAUCAAAGUAUUGCAGAUUACAGAUAAUGGCUCAGGUAUUGAGAAGGAUGAUCUUCCUAUUUUGUGUGAGAGGUUUACUACAUCUAAAUUGAGUAAAUUUGAAGAUUUAGGUAAUAUCGAAACCUAUGGGUUUAGAGGGGAAGCAUUGGCAAGUAUAUCACAUAUCUCUAGAGUCACGGUGACUACAAAGACUAAAAAUGAUCAAUGUGCUUGGAAAGUAUCGUAUUCAGAAGGUAAGAUGCUUGGUCAGCCAAAACCCGUGGCCGGGAGAGAUGGUACAGUGAUUUUGGUCGAAGAUUUAUUUUAUAAUAUACCUUCGAGAUUAAGAUCAUUACGUUCACCUAGUGAUGAAUAUUCUAAAAUAUUAGAUGUUGUAGGUAGAUAUGCAGUUCAUUCUAAAGAUAUUGGGUUCUCUUGCAAAAAAAUGGGAGAUUCGAAUUUUACCUUGACGGUUAGGGCAAACUUAACCAUUCAAGAAAGAAUAAGAACAGUCUUUGGCAACAAUGUCUCUUCGCAUCUGAUAGAUUAUGAAUUACCAGAGAUUGAAGAUAUUGGUGUAAAGAGAAUAGAUGGACAAGUUACAGAUCUGAACUUUCAAAUGAAGAAAUCAAUUCAACCGAUUUUUUUCAUUAAUAAUAGAUUGGUAACAUGCGAUCCCUUAAGAAGAUCACUAAACCAGGUCUUUGGGACAUACCUUUCUAAAGGAUUUAAAGCAUUUAUUUAUUUGAAUAUCCUGAUAGAUCCUCAAUCUGUUGAUGUCAAUGUCCAUCCAACGAAGAGAGAGGUAAGAUUUCUGAACCAAGAUGAGAUUAUUGAAAAAAUUAAUUUCCAUCUAAACGAUGAGCUUUCAAAAUUGAACACAUCAAGAACGUUUAAAACUAGCACAUUGCUAACAGGUCAGCCAGUUGAAGUUACCGUCGUUUCAAAUAGUCAAAAUAGCAAUGCGUCUCGACCUGUUAGAUCACAAUCACAACUUCAACAGAUUAAAAAUAAAAUAUAUGAACAUAAACUAGUUAGAACAGAUUCUUCCCAAUCAAAAAUUACCUCAUUUAUGAAACCUCCUACAGAGAGAGAUACUCAAACUUUCAAUACAGCUAAUAUUCCUAAGAAACGACUACGAUCAACUUUUGAGGAAUCAGAAACAGUUGACAUCGAUGAUGAAACAGUUUCUUCUUCAACUACAACUCAGGUAGUAGAAGAAAUUUCCAACGAUGAUAAUGAAGUUAACGAUGAGAACAGCAUCACUGGUGAUGGUAUCAUCACAAAUGGUUAUAAGAUAGUGCCAAGAAAGAGAACAAGUGUAGAUCUGACAAGUAUAUUAAAAUUACGUGAAAAUGUGGACAACACUGCACAUAGGGAGCUUACUAAUAUUUUUGCAAAUUUGACAUUUGUUGGUGUGGUUGAUGAACAGAAAAGAUUAGCCGCUAUACAGCAUGACUUAAAGUUAUUUUUAGUUGACUAUGGCGCAGUGUCCUUUGAGUUAUUCUAUCAAAUUGGAUUAACUGACUUUGCAAAUUUUGGAAUAAUACAGCUGAAGACAGAGGACAAGAAGGACUUACAAUUGUUUGAAAUAUUGUCUAGUAUUGAUAUCAUUUCUAAGGAUGAGAAAUCUAUAAUGCAAAUAAUUCAAAAAUUCUGGGAAAUGAAAGAUAUGUUAAAGGAAUAUUUCUCAAUUGAAUUUUCUAAUGAUGGGGAUGAUUUAAGAACCGUGGAGUUAUCUUCAAUACCACUGUUGUUAAAGGAUUACCACCCUCCUAUGUCUAAAUUGUCUUUCUUCCUAUUUAGAUUAGGCACCAAAGUUAAUUGGGAGAGUGAGGAAGAGUGUCUAAGUAGCAUUCUAAAACAAAUCGCAUUGUUUUAUAUCCCAGAAAUAAUAGAAAAAAUGGACACUACAGAUGAAAUGAGUGAAGAUUUGAAGAUAGAAUAUAUUAACAAGAAAAAUUACAUUAAUUCAUCUUUGGAAAACAUUAUAUUUCCUUGUGUGAAAAGAAGACUUUUAGCACCAUCGAGUCUUUUGAAAGACGUUAUAGAGAUAGCUAAUUUACCAGGGUUAUAUAAAGUCUUUGAGAGAUGUUGA